AUGGAGUCGCAGCACCACAUGGGCAUCCGCGAGCUCAAUGUGAGUAACUGGCACUCACACAAUGCCCUUACCGACACCCUCAACCAUGCCGUUCCAGCUAUCAAGACAAGUGCAGCAUUCUUCACUUUUCUGCGUGCCAACCUGGUCUUGAACCCCUCGGCGAUGUCAUCACCCGUACUCCAGCCUACGGCUAGUGCUGCUCAAAACAGCCACCGACGCGCCGCACCUUCUCCGCUGGCAACGUCUCACACACUUGAGCCUCUCGAUGACAUUCCUCCCCUGUCACUCGAGGUCCUUUCCACCCGCGAGGACAAGGCCGAAGCGCUGCGCCUCGUCGCUGACUCCAUUGCCCAGCAGCGCCAACAGGCAUCCUCCGCCCUCGUCUUCCACCCCGUUCCACUGGCCGGCCUUGCGCUGGCCCUCGCAGUCGCCUAUCAGUAUUCUUACGGCCGGCAACGGGACAUUGGCAUGGCUCUUACCCUCCUCAGCGGUAUCAUCAUGUCUUACCUCCUGGCCAUCCGCUGGGUGACGAGCGGCUACCUUCCCCUCGCCGAACAGAUAUCUUGGUCCUUCAUCCGGCCUCACCCGGACGCCUCUUCCGACGAGGAGGACCUCGUGCUCGGCACCCGCUUCGGCUCCGAAAUCAUAGGCGCCCUCGUCCUGCACCUCGAGCCCGCCAUUCCUCUCGCGGCCACGACCUUCAGCAGCAAGCGCAGGAACAAGGCCGGCAGCUUCCGUGGCGGCAAGGGCAUCAUCCGCGCCUGGACGACCAAGAUCCGCUACCGAGGCAAGGGCGUCGGCACUGACAUGCUCGACGAGGCUGUCCGCAUCGCCCGGGAGCGCUGCGGCAAGGACGCCGAGGUCGGCUUCGCGCUCGAGCAUGCCAACAGCCAAAUGGUGCUGCCCGAGUUCUUCAACGGCACCUUCAGGAAGCGGGAGCGCUGGGCCGCCAAGACACUCGACGGCGUGCUGGCCGAGCGGGAUAUGGCCAAGAAGAAGAGGUGA